CAUUGCCUUAGCAACGUUGUCUGGCUGGAAUUUUCGGGCGCACAACGAGCAGUGUGCCCCAACGAGCAGUAUGACAAAAGGUGCUAACUUGACAUGAGAACGGUGUUGUGGUACUCUGUCUUGCUGACAUUCACAAAAUUGUUGUUCUGGUUAAGGAUGAGGAUAUUUGCAAGCCCUAAUCUAAAUUUAGUGAAAUGUUUAACUAAAUCUUUCACAAGUCAAGGGGCUGCUAUUCUUUGUAAAGGCAAUAUAAUGUAGCCUGAAUGUAUGUUAUGGAAAUGUUUUUAUCUCUUUUCUCUGGGAGUCUGGGUGUGGUUGAUCUGGGUAAUGAAUGACAAUUUGAUACUUGCAACUAAAUGCUUCCUAGAAUACUGAAAGAAUGACGUCUCGGUUUCAAUUACUGUUGAAACAGAUUGCCUUCAUUUUGAAAAGACUGAAAAAUUCUCAACUAAUCAGGUGCUUUAGCCAAAAAGAAAGUGCAGGAAAGGAUCUGUACGGCAAUCAUGGAAUAGAACCAGAUCCUUAUUUCAUCUUAGCUAGUGCUGUCAAUAUGAUUACGUAUAAUAUACGGUUACUGAAACUCUCUGAUGUUGUCCUGCUAUCAAAUUGGUAGAAUAGACAUGAUAUUCUGCCUCAGGUCCACUAUCAAAGGUACAGAUUUGAGCUUCACUUUCAAAAAACAUCAUUUUCCAAUAGAUUUUACAGAAACAAUUUAUACUAAUGUUAUUUGAUGCUUUGCCUCAUACAUCAUAUUGUAUUUAUCUUUCACUAAACUUGCCCAGAAACCCGAACGAAGUUAGUGAUUAGCCGCACCAUUAAUGAUGAAUUUUCUCAAAGGCAUAGCGGUGAAAUCAAAUGAUGAAAUAGCCAUGAUUUGAUUGAAAAUUUGUGAACAGCACCACAUGAUCAUCAUUGCUACUUGGCAUUUGCCACCAAUGGUUUUAGGAAGAUAUUCAAUAUUUUACUAAGCAAAUAUUUUGCAUGGUGGUAAAUUGUUUACAUGUUACCUCUAUAUUGAAGUCACUGAGCCGAAAUGAAGUAAAGGUUUUAUAGGGACCACAUCAUGGAUGGUAUCAGCACUAGUUGUUUCCAACGGGGUUGCAAUGAUGUAGUGACAAGGCAUAAAAGUUCCCUCCCUUGUGUGAGCAUGGACGGAAAGAAGUUGGAGUACAAAGGUAAGGAAGCACUCGAGGAGAUUGAGAGGCUGACGAUGAAGGCUGGUGAAGUUCAGGAAAGUGUUUUGAAACAGAUCUUGACUCAAAAUAGGGAAACUGAGUAUUUGAGUAAGUAUAUGAAGGGAGCAACUGAUAUAACAGACACGGCGGAGUUUAAGCGAUGUGUUCCCGUGAUCACUUAUGAACGAAUCUUCCCUUAUAUCCAGAGAAUUGCUAAUGGGGAAGACUCUUCUCUCAUCACUGGUCAGCCUAUAACAGAAAUGCUAUGCAGUUCAGGGACAUCUGCUGGAAAGCCUAAGAUGAUGCCAUCAAUUGCUGAAGAUCUUGACCGCCGAACCUUUGUUUAUAAUCUUAUCAUGCCAAUCAUUAAUCAGUACGUCCCUGGACUUGACGAGGGGAUGGCGAUGUUUCUGUACUUUGUGAAAGCAGAAAUGUCGACUCCUUGUGGCUUGCCAGCCAGGACUGUGUUAACGAGCUACUACAAGAGCAAGCACUUCAAGGGCCGUGCGAGAGAUCCAUGGAAUGAUUUCACAAGCCCUGACCAAACCAUUCUCUGCAAUGACAGCAACCAGAGCAUGUAUUGUCAGUUGCUAGCCGGUAUGGUUCAUCGCCAUCAAGUCCUAAGGCUCGGAGCCGUCUUUGCCUCCGCACUUCUCCGAUCCAUUUCCUUCCUUGAACGUAACUGGAAGUACCUAUGCGAGGACAUCCGAACUGGGAAGCUGAAUUCUUCCAUAACAGACCCGGGAUGCCGCUUAUGCAUGUCCAUGAUGCUUUCUCCAGAUCCAAAUCUUGCUGACGAGGUAAGUGAAAUCUGCAGCAGAACAUGUUGGAAGGGAAUUCUAUGUGAGCUGUGGCCUAGGGCCAAGUACAUUGAUGCUGUGGUCACUGGGUCUAUGGCUCAAUAUGUACCUGCUCUCAGGUAUUACAGUGACGGGAAAUUGCCUUUGGUUUGUACCAUGUAUGCUUCCUCUGAGUGUUACUUUGGGGUCAAUUUGAAACCUUUAUGUAACCCUGCGGACGUUGCUUUUACCCUCUUGCCUAACAUGGGUUACUAUGAAUUCCUUCCCCUUGGACAUAACGGGACACUUCUGAUGGACUUUGACGAUGACGAGGAAGUCCCAAAUGACAAGCUCGUGGAUUUGGUGCAUGUUAAGCUUGGCUGCUUUUAUGAGCUAGUCAUCACCACCUUUGCCGGACUGUACCGUUACCGGAUCGGUGAUGUGCUUCAGGUGGUUGGAUUCCACAACAAAGCUCCACAGUUCCGAUUCAUAUGCAGGAAAAACGUCGUACUCAGCAUAGACAGCGACAAAACCAACGAAGGUGAUUUGCACAAGAGCGUGACCAUGGCUAAGAAAAUUUUAGAGCCUCAUGAUACGAUGCUCGUGGAGUACACAAGCUACCCUGACACAUCAUCAAUGCCAGGACACUAUGUACUGUACUGGGAAAUCCUACGUCAUGGCUCAGGGGAUCAACUUGAUCAACAUGUGAUGGAGGAAUGCUGUAUUGCGGUGGAAGAGCAGCUAGACUACGUGUAUAGAAGGUGCAGGAGCAAUGAUAAAUCAAUAGGGCCACUAGAGAUAAGAGUGGUGGAGGCAGGCACAUUUGAGGCAUUGAUGGACUUGUUCAUUAGCCAAGGGGCUUCAAUCAAUCAGUACAAGACACCAAGGUGCAUCAAGUCUAAGAAAGUACUCAAGCUGCUCAACUCUAAAGUGGAAGCGUCCUUCUUCAGUCCUAGAGAUCCCAAAUGGGCCCCCCUUAAUAAUAUGGCUUAAUUGAGGGUCUUUCAAUACUUUCAUCACUUUUUGCUUACUGUUCCUACUCCUAUUUUGCUGUAACCGUAAGUUGGUACUUGCAAAAGGAUGUAGCCUUUGGUUAAUCAAAUCCGUUAUCAUCUGCUUUGUCUUUCUAAAAGCAAAAGCAGCGGCUUUUACCA